GUUGCCCUCAGCAGCGCAAGCACUAAAGACUACGUAGAGAUCUUGUGGCCAGGAUGGCGGCAGUGUCCAUGCACGGCUCGGAGAACGCCUUCGGCGGCAUGAACAGCGGCCUCAACCGGCGCCUGUCGCCGGCCUUCCGCACGCUGGCGUCGCCGCUGCGCCAGCGCCACUUCGACCUCGAGAAGCUGCGCGAGCUCGCGCGCAGCGACGAGUUCUCCGACAGCGAGAGCGACGGCGUGGACAGCGACGAGGAGCGGGACGAGGACGACGAGGAGGAUGACGACGACGUCGACGUGGCCGACACCAUGUUCGUGCCCUACCGCCGGCCGUCGCCCAAGCGCAAGGCGGUCGUGGGCAAGCGCCGCGCGCAGCUGCAGCAGCAGAAGAAGAGCAAGGACGCCAAGGCCAGCAGCAGCCCCAAGGGCGACGGGUGGGAGAUCGUCGACAAGUCCCCGACCUUCGAGAGCGUGGCCGAGGGCAAGACGGAGCUCGGCGGCGAGAGCUGGUUCGUGCAGGAGCGCGAGCAGUAGAGCGCGCAGUAUGUGGCGAGGACGGUGACGCGGUUGGCCGCCGUCUUCUGGGUAAAUUAACUUCAUCCUUUGCGUAUUU